UCCGGCAGUUGCCAUCGGUCGUCUCUCUAGUAUGCUCUAGUAUUUGGAGAUCUGUGCUUUUAAUUCAAUUAUAACAAUGCGAUCUGUUUUGGAAUAUACUUGUUCGGAUGUGUUUGUACAUUACAAAAAAAUUUUAAUGGGAUUGCUGAUGCAAUCAUUAGUCUAAUCGAAAAAUGAUAAGUCUUAUCACGAUGACUUGUGCUCUACUUAUUAUCUUGAAAAUUAAAAAAUCACUCGUUUAAGAGACGGCUGAGGUAUUAAUGGAUUUGUGGAACAAUAGAUUCCCUGCUCGUUACGCAUUUUAAGAUACUCAUCAGAAUCUCCUUGGACGUAUCUACAAUACUCAAGAUGAGUGACUGUCCGUCAAGAUAUAUUCUACGAGAUUAUUGGGAGAGUGACCAAACGAGAGAGUGAAAGAACGAGCUAUAUCGGGAGCAAUGAGUAAAAUUUCUUUUUACUCAUUGAUUGGAAAAAUGAUUAAACGAGAGAUGAUCAAACUGACUAAGACGCCCGCACGGAAUAUUGAGGGAUCCACGUUCAAAUCCUGGCCGAGUUACAAAAGAAGAGAUAAAUUGUGUAAAAAAGCAGCUAAAAAGAAUAGAUCAUUGACUCGAAGUCGGGUUGAGUCAAAUUGAAUACGUUAUGUGUCUUUCGAGUAUUCCCUGAUAGCCACCUGUCUGUGUUGUUGCUGUAAUGUUACCGAAAACAAAAGGCAUUAGUUUUCAGAAAAUUUAGAACAAGACCUUGAGCUUGCGCAGAUAAGCUCACGACGUAGCAGUUUGAAGCCGAAAUGUCAAGCAAUUUGUAAAAUACUAUCAAAGGCCAAGUGCAACAACCUGUGGAGUAAUUGGAACAUCUUUGGUCAAUAACUCUAGCAGCUUAAUAGAAGAGUACCAAUUAUCAGUUACGUUUCGAUUAGAUAACUCUAUUGGAAAUAUGAGGCAUUACAGCUUGCGUCGGUUUCUUCAGAUGACAGAUGUUCACAGAUAUCUCUCCAACGGGCAGAGCUAAUAAUUGACCAGAAUAACUAUCGAUAACGAUGGCGAUCGGCGAGGAGGCCGGCGACGGGGACAUCAGCGGCUUCGGUGAUUCUGUUGCUGAGUCGAUUCAAACGAUCGAUCAUACCGUGGCAGUCGCGAGUGAUCCAAUAGGCACGCGGAACCACGACGACGUCAACAAUCGGCGUCGUCAGGCCGACUUCGAUGAUUUGGGUGAGGGCAAUCCCCUUCUGGCAAACAGUACGGCAGUUGUGAUCGAUGCGCCGAUCGGGAAGCUAAAGAGAAUGCACGGUGAAGUGGAGAAUGCGGUGCAAACAGACAAAGAUAAGACGAGCCAACAAAGGGAUUUCGAUGAUGAAGAUCGUGUGAAUGAGCUGGCGAGUAUAGUUGUCGAGCCGCCUGAUGGUGGCCUCAGAGCCUGGAUGAUCAUGAUUGCCAGCUUCACGAUUAACGGCGUGCUCUUCAGCAUCAUCAACACGUACUCCCUCAUCUAUCCGGAGUUGCAAAAGCGAUUAACUGAAGCUGGCGAAACCGAGGUCUCCUCCAAAGCAGCUUUGGUAGGCUCGCUGACUAUCGGAACUACAUUCUUCCUAUCGCCGGUCGCUGGUAUAUUAACAGAUAAAUUCGGCAUUCAAACAACUACCUUCGUGGGAGGUGUGAUCGCAUCUGCUGGCCUGUUGCUCUCUUCGCUGCUGACAGACAAGGUGGAACUACUCUUUCUAACGUACAGCGUUAUGUAUGGGCUUGGUGCGAGUCUUGCUUAUACUCCGAGCCUGGCAAUAUUGGGCCACUAUUUCAAGAAAUAUCUAGGUCUGGUAAACGGCAUCGUCACGGCCGGAAGUUCAAUAUUUACAACACUUUUGCCGUCUAUAAUGGAACUCUUGCUACGGCGUUUUGGUUUGGAAGGAACAUUGAGAAGCUUGGCCAUACUUACAGCUAUCAUCAUGGCUUGUGCAAUCCUUUUCAAGCCAAUACCAUUGAGUUCACCGCAAGGAAACGAGUCCCAACAUGAAAAGUCGAUCCGAAAGCAUCUGAAGGAAUUUGUGAACAUAUCAAUUUGGAAAAAAAAGCGAUAUGUUGUGUGGGCUAGUUCUAUUCCUCUUGCUCUAUUUGGAUACUUCGUCCCAUACGUUCAUAUAGGAAAGUUUGUGGCUAUGACGUUUAAAGAUGCUGACAGCAAGCUGCCGGUUAUGUGUAUAGGCAUCACUUCCGGUAUUGGCCGCUUAAUUUUUGGUUACAUCGCCGAUUUGCCGAAAGUAAAUCGAAUAUUCCUGCAACAGAUAUCAUUUAUAAGUAUUGGCAUUCUCACGAUGCUUCUUCCGAUCACCAAGUCUUUCAUUGUACUUCUUGCUAUCUCGCUGGGUAUGGGACUUUUUGAUGGAUGCUUUAUAUCGUUACUUGGUCCAAUUGCGUUUGAUAUUUGCGGCCGCAGCGGUGCAACUCAAGCCAUCGGCUUUCUUCUAGGAAUGUGUUCUAUACCUCUAACGAUUGGUCCACCCGUCGCAGGCCUCCUAUACGAUCACACUGGUACCUAUAAUCUGCCCUUCUUCCUGGCCGGUAUUCCCCCGAUAGUGGGAGCGUUAACAAUGUUCCUAAUAAGGUGCGUUAAAGAAAAGGACGAUGAAAGUUUACAUGACUCAGAGAAUCUCCCCAGUAAAACGGAUUGCCAGAAUGAAAGAAUAAUGAACAGUGAUUUUUCAUCAAUGGCCAUCGUUAAGCGAAAAUGCGAAUCAAUGAUGCAAGAAAAGUACCAUGCGACAUGGAGAAAUCUGCCGCUGUCUCAUAACCACUGUGUCAAGCAAGCAGAAUUACAAGAUGGUCUGGAAUACAGUAACUGCUGCGAACAUGAGUACGCUAAUAACUGCAGAUAUUCGGAGAGUGUACCCCUACUUUACAAAGAGUAGAUCUUACUCGGUGUCCGAAUUUCUUUUAUAAUAGCAAUUCAUCAAUGUUCAUACAGCAUAGAAAGAUUGCAACAGCAUUGCAUAAAUAUUUCAUCAUAAGGUUAUAAAAACGUUGUGAAAUAUUACUGCAAUAUUGCUGCAACAUUGCAAUAAUGGUAAAAUAUUUGCUUUUAGAUAUAUUGCUAUGUUACAGCAAUAUUACAAUAUAAUAUGUUUUCGUAUUUCUGUGAUAAUAUUAGAUGUCAAUAUAAUAUAAUAACACAUUUUGGCACAUAUGACUUUGAGAAUUAUCAUAUGUUCCUGAAUUAAUAUUUACACAGAUAAACAAACGAUUUUAAUGAUAAAAUAAAUCUCAUCAAUUUUAGCGUUCGAAUUUUGUUCUUUUAAGAAACCAUAGAUAAAAAAUCUUAUAAGGCUAUAUCUUUUAUUCUAUUUUAUGUAGUUUUUGUUAAUAACAAAAAGUAUAACUUUACUGCGUCUACCGAACGGCGAUGGCGCAUACUGCUCGCAAUUGAAGUAAAACACAUUAUUUUUUAAAAUAUUAUUGAAAUAUUACUGCAAUGCUAAAAUAAUUUGGAAAAAAAUUUUUUUGUAAUAUUAUUUUAAACAGUAGCAAAAAUAUAAUUUGCAAUAUUUCUGUAACAUUGCACUACAAUAUACAAUAUUAUGAUGUUGCGGCACAACAGCUUAUUGCAGUUUCGGCUUUAUAAAUUCUUUCACUUUCAA